GGCUGUGUUAGUUGCUACAGAGAGUGAAGCUGUUGUGCUUUCAAGCGUCAGUUUCAACAGUUCUGACUGGAAAUGGUAGAAUAAGAAUGGGAUUUGCAGAACUUUUAUAGGUGUGUUAUGCAUUGAAAAGCCGACUGAUUAACGGUCAUUUGUGAUCAAUAAGUUAAAAAAAAACAAAAGGCUGUCGAUCAUUGUAAUCAAAAGAAAGGACGCCGUCUUUUGUACUACGAGUCGGUUUUAGCAUAUAAGUUAUAACAGUUUUUUGUGCUUUUUCAUUGAGAUAACUUUCGAUGUCUCAUUUUCAUAAUCGUAAGUACUUUUGAAAAAUAAUGUAUAUGUUUAUAUACAUUUGUAAUAAAUCGUACUGUUUUCUUAGUGGGGCGCAGACAUUUUAGGAUGAUGGUUGGGUUUUUUUAAAUACUAACUGAACAAAAGGUAUAAAUGAUCAAGUUUUUGUGCAGAUUGCUUUUUAGGAGAAUAAAAAUUGUAUUUCGCCUUUUUUUUAAGUAGAUGUCAUUUUUCGUGUGGCUGAUUAUUUUAAAUAAACAUUUUGAUGCGUAUGCAGAUAACUCAUUGACUCACCACCAUCUCUCCGAGGGAAGAGGAUCCGUUGCUUACUGUUGGAAGUUGAGACGCCAGAGCAAGAUUCAUAGUGCAGUUAAACUGUGAAAUCAAUAACCCAUCCUUGGAUGAACGCAUUUUAAACGAAUAUUUAAAGGCUGCGUAUUCAUUUCAAGAUUCAGACCACUGUCGAUGCUCCUAGCUGCCUAUUAAAGACGACGGCAUAGCAGGACCACGGUUUGAUUGUUGCCCGCCUCCCCAGGCCCCUGUCACCAUGCACAUGGACCGCAGCCCCACCUCUCUCCCUGGCAGUGCCUCAGUGGGUGCCGGUGACUCCCUGGAGCUCAGCUUGACCGGCUCUCAGCUCCCUGUCUCCCGUCGGCCCAGCAGCACCUCCCCGGCCAAGCACUUCUCCCGCUCCGUCUCUGUGACCGCGGACAACAAGAGCAAGCGCAACACCCUGCGCGAAGCUGGGCUCGGCAGCUCCUGGUCCAUCAAGAACCUGAGGAGAUCCAACAGCACCACCCAGGUCAACCAGAGAGUCAACUCCUGCUUCAGCGAGGAGCAGUCCGAGGACUUCCUGGCCUUGUUUGACAGCAGCUCGGAUGGGAGGAGGAAGCUGGCCAGCCUCAGCAAGACCUCUCCGGACCUCUCCUGGAACAUCCUGGAUGACCAACCCCGGACCUUCCUGAUCCCUGGCAAUGGCCGCAGUGCCCGCACUUCCGACUCGCCUGCUGGCAUGAAGAAGAGAGAGGCUGGCAUAGCGCUGGCUGCCAACUUCACCGCCAACAACAGGAGUAACAAGGGAGCUGUGGGGAAUUCAGUCACCACCAUCCUGCACAAUAACUGUCCAGACAAGCCUCUGACACCAAAGAGCUCCAACCAGAAACCAGCGUCUCUCAAUAACAUCAUGAAGGCCACAGUGAACGACGAGGGCAGUCUGGAGAACAGCUCCCUGACCAAAUCCCAGAAGAACUUCUCGUCUCCCAAUAACAACGCUGCGCGCAGCAGCCCCGCCCUGCUCCGGAGGCAGGAGGUGACUGAGGAGGAGGCUGAAAGCAGGUUUAUCCAGCAGGUGAACCACGCAGCCGUGACAAUCCAGCGCUGGUACAGACGCCAUGCCCACAGACGGCACACCAGCGAGGCAGCGCUCCGACGCCUCCUCUCCACCAAGAAACAGGAGAGGGAGCAGAGAGCAGAGGAGGGGGCGACACAGGAAGGUCAGAAGAGGAAGGAGGAAGACAGGAAGAGGAUACGUGAGGAGAAAGCCCAGCAGGCCAGAAGAGCUGCUGUUCAGGAGCUCCAGCAGAAGCGGGCACAGCGGGCAGCUGAGACGCAGCGCGUGGCAGAGCAUGAGAUUGAGGUACUGAAGCAGAGUGGCAAGGUGGGCCGGAGGAAACCUGCCAGGCCCUCCCCCAGCAGCAAGGGCAGCACGGCAGGCAGGGACACAGGCAAGGGGAGGAAUACAGACUCCGGUGUGAAUGUAAAGGCUGAUCUGGAUGACGUAUCAAACCUGAGGUCUGGCUCCCCCACUGACUCCCCCGGGAGAGGCUCCCAAGGCUCCCAGAGAGGCGUGAGUGUGGAGGAGCAGCUGCAGAGAGCUCCGUCGAGCAGAGCCCAGUCCAAGACCACGCUGAAUGAGCUGCUGGACACCCUGAAGCUGCUAGAGGAGGAUCCAGAGAGACUGCCUGAGCCCCAAAACUACCGCAAAGAGAAGUACUCCUGGAUCGACGAGGACGGGGACUCCAACUCCCUGACAGCUGAUAACCUGGAGCUGCUGGGCAAGAUGAGCCAGCCUCCUGCCCUGCCAGACGGAGGCGCCCUGCUCUCUGAGGCCAAGCUGCAGAGCAUCAUGAGCUUCCUGGACGAGAUGGAGAAGUCGGAGCAGGAGAGGCCGCGAUCCGUCACCUCGGGUUCACACAGAGAGGCCCUGCUGUCAGAAGAGGACCUAGCUCAGGUGGACCAGGCUUCAGCCACAGCAGCCGAAGUGACCGGCUCCAUGAUGAGGAUGAAACUGGAGCUGGAGGAGAAGCGACGCACCAUGAACAUGCUGCAGACUGCACUGGCUCAGCAACGGGAGCUGACAGUGCGCCACAUCAAGGAGACGGAGAAGGAGCUGAACCGCAACUUCCAGCUGCAGAAGGAUCAGUACGAGGCCACCAUCCAGAGACACCUGGCCUUCAUCGAUCAGCUCAUCAAUGACAAGAAGGCCCUGAGUGACCGCUGCGAGGGGGUGGUGACCGAGCUAAAGCAGGUUGACCAGAAAUACACCAAGAAGAUAGCACACAUGCAGGAGCAGCAUGACCUGGUGUGGCACAUUCUGGGUCCCUUGUGUGAGGAGAUUAAGAAGCUGAAGGAGCUGAUGAGUGCCACAGAGAAGAUCCGCAGAGAGAAAUGGAUUGACGAGAAAACCAAGAAAAUCAAAGAGAUCACAGUGAAAGGGCUGGAGCCGGAGAUCCAGAAGCUGAUCUCUAAGCACAAGCAGGAGCUGCAGAAGCUGCGAGCUGUGCACGAGGUGGAGCUGAUGCAGGCAGACGAGAGGGCGGCUCAGAGAUACGUGAGGCAGAGCGAGGAGAUGAGGGAGCAGCUGGAGAGAGAGAAGGAGGAGCAGUGCCAGAGAGAGAGGGAGCUCGCCAGGCAGAGGUACGAGAAGCAGCUGCAGGAGGAGGAGCAGGCGCUGCAGCAGCAGAGGAGGAGACUCUACAGCGAGGUGGCUGAAGAGAAGGAGAGGGGGUGCCAGCUGGCUGCAAGACAGAGGGCAGAACUGGACGAGCUGAGGAAGCACCUUGAGGACAACAGCUUGGUGACGGGGCGUGCGCUGAGAGAGGAGUUUGAGAGGACGAGAGAGGAGCAGGAGAGGAGGCACCAGGCAGAGGUUAAAGCCCUGAAAGAGAGGCUAGACAUUGAGAAGCAAGCCUGGGAGGAAAACUACAUGAAGAAAGAGGAGACCUGGCUGCUGAACAGGGAGAGGGAGCUAAAGGAGGAGGUGCGCAGAGGGAGGGACAAGGAGAUCGAGCUGGUGAUUCAGAGGCUGGAGGAGGAGACCAGCAGAGCCAGGGAUGAGUGCGAAAGAGCCUCCGAGAACAGAGUGAAGCGCGUGCGGGAGAAGUACGAGACAGAGCUGCGGGAACUGGAGCACUCGGAGAGGAGCCUGCAGGAGAGACACAGCGAGCUGAAGGGCCGGCUCAGCCAGGCAGAGGGGGAGGCUGUGCGACUGCAGGGGCUUCUCAGGCAGAAAGAGCAGGAGGUGCAGGACAUCACACAGAUUCAGGACCGGCUGACGGAGGAACGGCGCAGCCUGGCAGAGGUGAUUCGGCAGGAGUUUGCCGACCGGCUGGUGACCACAGAGGAGGAGAACAGGCGCAUGAAGACGGAGAUGUCGGAGACGAGGGCGCGGCAGAGACUAGAGCUGGAGAGAGUGACCCGCGAGAAGGAGGAGGAGCUGGCUGAGGUGCACAAGAGGGUGAAAACUGCUAUAGUGAAAAAGGAAGAGACUGUAAAGAACUUGCGAAAGCAACACGAGGCAGCCUUAAAGAGAGCAGAUCACCUGGAAGCAUUACUGGAGCAACAGCGCAAGCAGCUGCUGGGGAAGUGAGGUGGUCAGCCUGCAUCUCCAUAGCAACCGUCCUGCUGGAGGAGGGGGGUGUGGCAUUAUUCCUCAACCAGACACUCAGGCUGGGGACCCUGAACCCACUUCCCAAAGAAGGGACCCAUUCCGUCAUUAUCAGCCCCUUUAAAACAGCAGGAGAGGAAACUGGUCAUGGGGUCGAGAGCCGUCAGAAGCUGUCUGUUUGGGCUGCUAGAGAGAUCAGUCAGGAGUUGUGGGUUACAGGUUGAUCUAGGGAAACUUAAUGAGGGAGUUCAGCUAGUUGAAGAGCCCAACCCAGGUGGCACUAGUGCUAGAUAAUUGAGUGCAGAUGCUGUCCUGUUUUGAAGGUUAUCAAUGGCAUUCAUCAAGCCGAUUGAAACCAUUGCAUUUGUAGCAAAAGCUGGUGGUAUCCUGUACCAGAGAUUCUGACGAUCAAGAAUGUCUGGUGAAAUGAACUCCUUGUCAGUAAGAAUUCAUUUGAGCUCAGAUGAAUCUCUGGAAAUAGGAGCUGGUCUGACUAGCCAAUGUGGAGUGAGAUAGAUUGAGAAGUUUAGAAUGAUGAAUAGAAUGUUGAUAGAAGGUAAGAGAAUAGAGAGAGAGACAGAGAGAGAGAGCAGACAGAGAGAGAGAGCAGACAGAGAGUAGAAAAAUAGGAAGUGCCAUAAAAUAGUGAGAUUGGCCCAAAUAAAAAAUGUACUACAACUAAAUAUUAUAGCAUCUUAAAAACUGCAUCAAAGUUAAACUCUUGGUUCUUCUUCAGAAGAAGCAGUCAGCAAAAGCCCAGAUUUCUAUCACAUCAAGUUAUCUAAUGAAAGUCAGAUUGUUGUGACAUUUAAAUUAUUUUUAAAACUUUUAAAGCACAUUGAGGGUGUCUGUAUCCUCUGUGGGAUGGAAUAAAUAAUCUGCUUUACGCAUCAACUAAGUAGUACUAUCUAUAUAUAUAUAAAAUAUUUUUUAAUUUAGGCCACACGUCUUCUAGUUCAGUAGUAGUAGAACGUAGAAGGAAAUACAGAGGGAAGAGAAUUGACAGAAAAUGAAGAAAUGAUUAUUUAAAUAAAGGAGAAGCUUCCCACAGCACUGACUGCCUAGCUUGUAACCAGUCCUUAUCAGCUGUUUAUGAUGGGUCAACAAAACACCCCCCUGCUUUUCUGUAUACCUUGUAACAGAUGUUCCUUAUUGAUCCAAGACAUGUAGACUGCACGUACACACUACCAUUAAACACUGUUCAACCAAAAAGUUCUGUUGCUUUUUUUUUUAUAAACUUCUUUUUCCUAUGUAGGACUCCAGUAAUGCACGCCAUUGAACUGGUACUAAACAUACUUUAUAAUAUGUUGUGUGUGUGUGUUGCAUUUUAUUCUGGCCCAAUCUUUUGCGUCCCUGAUUUUAAAUAAAAGUUGUGGGUUAACAAAUGCCAAGACGCAUGGUUGUGGGUCUUCUGGUGUGCUAAUGGUAUGUGAGGCAGCUUCCUGGUUCUUUUGUACAACAAAGAAUCUUCUGAAAAUUGCAGUGGGAGUCAAUCAGCAAGGCUCUUUCAGCUCUGCAUUCUGUUUUCUGAAAAAUAAAUUGUGUCGAUAGCAUGAAAAACCUCUGACUAUGCAGACUCUGUGUUUAGUUGCUGUCCUCAACAUCAAGUGCGUUUGUCCCCGAAACACACCCUGUUAUUAUAAUUAUUGUACUUUUCCUAUUUUAAAUUGUAACUUUAUUUUUUACAUUAAUUUUGAACCGCUUGUUGCUUUUUUGUACUGUAUGUCUCAAUGUAACUUUUAGCUCCCAUGCAGAACUAUAAAGAGUUGUAUUCAUUUAAA